AUGGCCGACGACGCGCUCUCCAUUUACGAUGAGAUCGAAAUCGAGGACAUGACCUUCGACCCGGCCAUGCAAAUCUACCACUUCCCCUGCCCCUGCGGCGACCGGUUCGAGAUCGCGAUCGACGACCUGCGCGAUGGCGAGGAGAUAGCCGUGUGUCCGAGCUGCAGUUUGAUGAUUCGGGUUAUUUUUGAUGUGACGGAUCUGCCGAAGCCGGAUGGUGGGCAGAAUGCAGGGGCUGUUGCUGUCCAGGCGUGA